AUGGCUUCUUCAUCACUAACUUCACAAGCCAAUUCAAUUUCUUCUCAUUAUCAAGAGGCAAAGAAGAAGAAUCAGAGAAUUCUUCCAUCCUCAUUGUUCUUCAGUUCAUCCCCCAAUUUGUCAUCAAACCCUAAAAUUUCAGUCCAAUUCGUCAACAAUCACUUUACACAGCCGCUAUCUUCAUUUCCAAGGCCUCUUACUAUCAUUUCCAUGGCUCCUCCUAAACCUGGGGGAAAAGCCAAGAAAGUGGUUGGGCUGGUGAAGUUAGCGCUGGAGGCAGGAAAGGCCACCCCGGCGCCUCCUGUGGGGCCUGCAUUGGGUGCCAAGGGUGUGAAUAUUAUGGCGUUCUGUAAGGAUUACAAUGCCCGUACUGCUGAUAAGGCUGGUUACGUUAUUCCUGUCGAAAUUACAGUCUAUGAUGAUAGGAGUUUCACUUUUAUCUUGAAGACUCCACCUGCUUCAGUCUUGCUGCUGAAAGCUGCAGGAUUGGAGAAAGGUUCCAAGGACCCAAAGCAGGAGAAAGUUGGGAAGGUAACAAUCGAGCAGUUGCGGACAAUUGCACAAGAAAAGUUGCCUGAUCUGAAUUGUUCAACUAAUCUUAGUCGUUACUCUUAA